AAAGAAUCAAAGCUCACUUCUGUUAAUGUCAAUGGCAAAUUCCCUUUUACUUAACAAAGAGCACAAUAUAUGAAGGGUAUGUUUUUGGUUUUUUUUUUUCUAAUUGAGGCUUAUUUACCCAAAAUGUUCAAAUUUCAUGAGAAAUCUUGUAGUUAAAUGUUAUUAUAACAAUUUGUAAGAUGUUUUUAAUAAGCUGCAGUAUUAAGUUGUUUUUUUCUCACACAGGCAGUGACAAUGACAGAUUUUGGAGUACAGAUCCCUUGACAGGAACCUUCUACCAGAUAAACUUCCAGUCAGCUCUCACUUGGCACCAAGCAAGGCAGAGCUGCGAGCAGCAGGAUGCAGAGUUAUUAAGUGUCACAGAGAUACAUGAACAGACGUAUCUGAGAGAUCUAAUCGACAGCAACAGAUCACCCCUCUGGAUUGGAUUGAACAGUCUGAAUCUCCACAGUGGGUGGCAGUGGAGUGGUGGUACUCCUUUCAGAUACUUUAACUGGGCACCAGGAAGCCCUUCUCCUGAACCUGAGAAACUCUGUGCAGUACUAAAUCCUAGAAGAUAUGCUAAAUGGGAGAACCGGCCAUGUGAGCAGAAAGUUGGCUAUAUCUGUAAAAAGGAAAACUCCACGCUGGGUCCUUCUAGUCUUCAGUUAGAGGAUGCAGAACCUGUUAAAUGCCCAGAAGGAUGGUUGCCCUAUGCAGGUCACUGUUACAUAAUUCAUAGAGAGCCCAGGGCAUGGAAAGAUGCGUUAAUGUCCUGCAAUGAGAGCAAUGGCAAUCUGGCCAGUAUCCACAACCCUGAAGAGCAUGCCUUCGUACUGUCUCAGCUUGGUUACAAAGCCAUGGAUGAGCUCUGGCUUGGAAUGAAUGACUUAAGCACUCAGAUGUAUUUUGAGUGGAGUGAUGAGACUCCUGUGACAUAUACCAAAUGGUUGCCUGGAGAACCCACCCAUGCAGUCAGUGGGCAAGAAGAUUGUGUUGUCAUGGCAGGGGAGGAUGGAUAUUGGGCGGACAGUGCCUGUGAUAGGAAGCUAGGCUACAUCUGCAGAAGAGAGCCACUACAGGGAGUUUCAGGAACAGUGAAGACUGAUCCUGCCUGUACAAAGGGCUGGACAAGACAUGGUUCUUACUGCUACCUAGUUGGACAUGCACUCGUAACGUUUUCAGAAGCAGUGAAAACCUGUGAAAGGAUUGGUAGCUAUUUAACAACUGUAGAAGACAGAUAUGAGCAAGCCUACCUGACCAGCUUUGUUGGUCUGAGUUCUGAGAAGUGCUUCUGGAUUGGUCUCUCCAACACAGAAGAGCAAGAAAUCUUCAAGUGGGAGACUGGUGAAGGCGUUUUCUACACAAACUGGAACUCAGCAAUGCCUGGGAAAGAAGUAGGUUGUGUUGCCCUACGGACUGGAAGUGCAGCUGGACUAUGGGAUGUUCAAAACUGUGAACUAAAGGCAAAAUUUCUCUGCAAAAAAACAGCUGAAAAAAUAACUCGUCCGUUUGCUCCUGGAAAAAAUUCUAAUUUCAAAUGUCCUUUGGGUUGGAAUACAAGUAAUAGCACUAAUUCUUGCUUCAGAACCUUUGUGAGAGAAAAACAUAAGAAAACGUGGUUUGAAGCCAGAGAUUUCUGCAGAGAAAUCGGAGGAGAUCUUGCUGCUGUUAAUAGUGAAGAAGAGCAAAGAGUGAUAGAAAACUUAAUAACAAAGAAACUGCCAUCAUCUCAGCUUUUCUGGAUAGGUUUGCAGCGUUUGGAUCCUGAUGGUGGGCUGUCCUGGAGUGAUAGAUCCCCGGUGAGUUAUAUGAAAACAAUUUCUUUUUACGACACUCCAUUAGAAAAUUGCGGAGCAAUCAGCAAAGAGCAUUCCAUCUCCUGGAUUAACAUGCAUUGUGAAUACAGCCAGGACUGGAUUUGUGAAAUAAAGAAAGGAACACUCUUGAAACCAGAACCUGUCAGCCCUUCUGCCAUAUAUGAAAUCACAGAAGAUGGCUGGAUUAUAAAAGGGGACAAACAGUAUUUUUUCAGCACAGAAAGUACAUCUAUGGAAAAAGCCAGAAUGUUCUGCAGAAACCACCAUGGAGAUCUUGCUAUUAUUGGAGAUAAUAAUAAAAGAAUUUUUUUGUGGAAAUAUAUCUUAAAAAAUGGCAAACUGCAUUCAUAUCUCAUAGGAUUAAUCCUAAAUGCUGACCAACAGUUUAGAUGGAUAGAUGGAACUACUUUACACUAUGCACCUUGGGCAGAGGGGGAACCCAACUUUGCCUUUGAUCAAGAAUAUUGUGUGGUCUUAGAUAAAAAAUAUGGUUUGUGGAAUGAUGUUAGCUGUGGUCAUUCACAUGGCUUUAUCUGUGAGAGGCAUGGGAGUUUUGUGAAUGCCACACUUUCUCCAGCAGCAACUUCACCUCCAGGAGGAUGUCCCAAAGACUGGCUGUUAUUUAAAAAUCAGUGUUACAAAUUUUUUGGUUCUCAAUUUCAAUAUUGGUAUACUGCAAAUAAAGACUGUAUCAACCUUGGAGGACAUCUGGCUACCAUACAAAAUGAACAAGUACAAGCCUUUCUCACUUACCAUUUGAAGGAUGUUUUAUACAAUCCCUGGAUUGGCUUGAAUGAUAUAAUUAGUGAACUCAACUUUGUUUGGGCUGAUGGAAGUGCUGUUUCCUAUACAAACUGGGCUCCAGAUUCCCCAAAACUUUAUGAGCCCAUUUUGUUUGACAGCCUCCGUCCAGAAAAUGAUGGCAAUCGGUUAAAGUAUGACUGUGUUUCUCUGAAGAGAGAUUAUGCUGAUAUAGGAAAAUGGAGCGAUGAGUCAUGUUAUAAAUCCAGUGGGUAUAUAUGCCAGAAGAACAGCGAUCCUAAACUCUAUAAGUCAUCUGCAACAGUGUUGGACUUUGCUUUUGACCAUUCUGAUGGCAUUAGUUACUCUGUCACCCAUUCUAAGAUGAAUUGGGAAGAAGCACAACAAUCCUGCAAGAGCAAUUCCUCAGAACUUGCUAGCAUUUUAGACCCAUAUAGCCAGUCACUACUGUUCUUAAUUGCACAGGAAUAUGGGCAGCCUAUGUGGAUUGGUCUUAACAGCUACAUGACCGAGGGCAAGUAUCGUUGGAUUGACAGAUGGAGAUUAGUUUACAGCAAGUGGUCCAGCGGGGAACCAAAACAGACAUUAGCAUGUGUCUACUUAGAUACUGAUGGAACCUGGAAGACAGCUUCAUGCAAGGAGAAACUCUUUUCCAUCUGUAAGAAGUCAGAUGUAACGGCCCCUGCUGAGCCUCCUCACCUUCCUGGAAAUUGCCCUGAAUCAAAAGGACACAAGUCUUGGAUACCUUUCCAUGGUCACUGCUACUACUUUGAGGCUGUCAGGAAGAAAAGCUGGUCUCAAGCUCAUCAGGAGUGUGCCCGACUAGCUGCUGACUUGGUAUCUGUAGGAGACUAUACUGAAGCAAACUUUCUGGCAGAAACCAUUAAGAUACUUCAUGGAAAAUCUCCAAACUUUUGGAUAGGGCUAAAGAGAGAUGACAGAGAACAAUGGGUAUGGACAGACAAGUCAGAAUUGGAUUUUGUCAACUGGCAAGUUGGGGAGCCUACAAACAGGAUGCAUAAAGACUGUGGAGAAGUAUGUGCGUUGACUGGGUUCUGGAACACCAACGUUUGUUCUUUCAGAAAAGGAUAUAUCUGUAAAAAAGCAAAAACUGCAGAAAAGACAGAGAUGUUACCAGAAAAUAUGGGACAGAAAAUGGAGACAGUGCUUUCUACUGGUAUCAUAUGCCUGUUUGUUUUAUUAGCCCUUUUUAUAGUUGGAGCUGUAAGUGCAGUUUACUUCUAUUUGAGGAACAAAGGACAAAACCAAGUAAGUAUUUCAGCCAGAAUGAGUGGAUCAGAAGCAGCAGUGGAUAUCCAAGGAAAUGACGCACAUGCCAACAAAUAGUCUGACAAAAUACCCCAAAGUUCCAAAAAAACAAAAACCAAUCUGUGCAACUGUUAGUCAAAUCUUAUGGCAGCUUUGUAUUUUUCUACUGAAAUAAUAGUCUUAUCCCUUCACAGAUAUAAAGUUAAUGGCUUUAUGUAAACAUGCACAUACACACCUAGAUAUGUUCUCCAAAAUGUUUCAGUUUGUUGUUCAGUAUGAAGAGUACACCUGUUUUUCACAUAAAUCAGUGUGGCUGAGAAGAGUCAGGGCAAACCUAUGAUGUUUACUAUGUGAAAUUGUUUAUUUAACUCAUUUCUCUCUUUGUUUUUGCAUACGAAGGAAAUAAUACUCCUAUCUCUUCAUAAUUUUUCCUGUUGUACUGCUUUGGUGCUAUUUAGACUGUGAAGGAAAAUGCUGCUUAUUUCAGAAUUGCGGCUUCAUCGUUUAUUACAGUAUCUUUUCAUUAAUGUAAAACCUACUACCCUACUUAUCUCUGUGAGUUACAUAUCGUCUCUUUACAAAUAAAUAAAUACAUAGAUGAAACGUAAUUAAAAAGAUUCCUAUAGAAAGAUUCCUGGUCUAACUGAAAAGAUUCCUGAUCAGAACUUUGGGAACAAUUGUCAUUUUCUACAACCUUGCACUUUUGGAUUAUUCUGUAAAUAUUACAAUUUUUCCACAAGGUUCAAAUUAAUACAAGAGAUGAUCUUUCUGUUGGGUUUUAUUUCAGUAAUUAUGCUUUCAGAAUUUAAAAGAGGCAAUAUUGAUGCCUCCUUUAAAAAUCUACACAGCUGUGAUAAAUAGCUACAUUAUAUUGCAUAAUGUUAUCUCAUAAUUCAUUAACUAACUUUCCACUUUAGAGGAAUAAAAUCACUUCUAUGCUUUUGAAAAAAAUUCUUCCAUUCCUACUGUAAUUUCAUUUGUUAACGUACUGCAUUAGAUUCCCUUUCAGAGAUUUUUCAGCUGUAUGCAGUAGCAGUGUUUUCUUCCAGGCAGUCAAUCAUUCUACAUGUUUCUCAUCCCAGUUGAGUUAUGGAAACAUCUUGCUCUAAGCUUCUGUGGGGCACCUGGCAAACAGAAGGACUCAGGAAAAGAAGUGUAUGAAGAAGCUAGAGCAAAGGAGCUUCUACCAAGUAUCUGUAAGGAGAAACAGAUGCUCUCUCAGAACUGUGUAAGAACUGUAGUCAGGAUUUCCUAUGUUUAAGAUGACUGAUAAAAAAAAAAAAUAAAAUUCUUAUUUAAACAGAAUAAGUUGUACAUGUGGAAUAGGUUUAUGCACUAGGAUAUACGUGUUUUUGUCUGACUGGCUUGAGAACGUAUUUGUAUUAUCCUUAUAAUUGACCUUUUCUCUAGAUAGCUAGUAAAUAAUAAAGUAAAAAUAUUAUUGUUAGCGACUUAGAAUGGAAGUAGCUCCUUGCUUCAGUUGUUUUAUCAAGGCAUCGCAUAUUUGGUAUCAGAUGUUUUUGCCUGAGCUUUCAUUUCUUCUCUUAUGCACCUCUGUUGGAUGGACAUACCUUAUUCUACAGCUUUGGCUGAGUUUGUAGGGAAGGCUCUCCAAUCACAGAUAUCGAAGGACAUAUCUGGAUUGUAAGACUUUUCCCUUUCUAGUAUGUCUGCGUGACUGUACUUAACGAAGAGACGUAGUAAAAACACCCACCACCAAAAACUACAGAUUAUUUAGAGAGAUAAAAACGCAGUGAAUCAAAAGUAAAU